AUGUCUUCCCUUGUAGACAGGGUCCUCGAGUCAGACUCGUUACCCGAUCCUAGAUCCGAUGCCGUUCUCGGUUCACAAAUGUCCGAUGCUCCUACCCCUCGACCUCGUAGUUCAUCCGUUAGACCUAGACGAGGGGGCCCCGAGCCAUCUACGCCUGCAGCGCACACUGAUGAUGAUAUGAUGAUGGAUCCUGAAGAUGAAGUUGUUGGGCUGCGAGGGACUGUUCAGAGCAGUGGCCGUGUCAGACGGGCAUUCGAUCCUUCCGUUCCCAAAGUUGAAGACGAAGCCGGAGAGAGAGCGAAAUCGUUAUUUGUAGCUUUCCUUGAAGAGUAUGUUGACGACGAGGAGUUCGACGGCACCCAACCUCCUCCCUCUACAGCCUCAACAGACAAAUACUACAUUGGCCAAAUCAACGGCCUCAAAGCAUACGGGCUCUCGACCCUCUAUAUAAAUUUCAGACAUCUCAUGAGGCACAGCUCUGUCUUAGCAGAUGCUCUCACCAGCCAAUACUAUCGUUUACUCCCUUAUCUCACCAACGGUCUUCAUCGAGUGAUCCGAAAACACGUUCCGGAUUACUACGCAAAGCACCAGCAGGUCGAUGCCAGCCAAAACAUUGCUCGUGCCAAUACUACCGCUCUAAAGACGGACAAAGUUUUCGCUCUAGCUUUCUACAACCUCCCACUCGUUAGUCGAAUUCGUGCCCUUCGAACCCAUCACGUCGGUAAAAUGAUGUCGAUAUCUGGAACGGUAACUCGAACUUCAGAAGUCCGUCCGGAACUCUCAGUCGCUACAUUUACUUGCGAGAACUGCAGAUCCGUAGUACCCAAUGUCGAGCAGGUGUUUAAAUAUACGGAACCCACACAGUGUCCCAAUUUGACCUGCGGUAACCGAAUGGGGUGGAGAUUGGAUAUCCGACAGUCAGUAUUUGUGGAUUGGCAGAAAGUUAGAAUUCAGGAAAACAGCGCGGAGAUACCCACCGGCUCGAUGCCUCGAACUUUGGACGUCAUUCUACGUGGUGAAAUUGUGGAGCGUGCGAAGGCUGGAGAGAAGUGUGUCUUCACUGGCACACUCAUUGUUGUGCCCGAUGUUUCCCAGUUGGGACUCCCAGGCUCAAAAGCAGAAAUGAUGAGAGACAAUAGAAAUACGGCUAGAGGUGCUGAACAAGCCGGUGUGACUGGCCUGAAGUCGUUGGGUGUGAGAGAUUUGACUUACAAACUCGCAUUUUUGGCAUGCAUGGCUACAACAGAUGAUAGUACAGUCGCUGGAGCCACUGCCGUCGCAGCGGACCAGUCGAGUGACGAUCCAGACGAAGACCAGAAAGCAUUCCUUGAAUCCUUGUCGCCGGGCGAAGUCGACGACCUUAGGAGAAUGGUGCACAGUGAUCAUAUCUAUUCGAGGCUGGUAAACAGCAUUGCGCCAACAGUUUAUGGGCACGAAAUUGUAAAGAAGGGGCUAUUGCUACAGUUGAUGGGAGGUGUUCACAAGAGUACCGCUGAUGGAACACAAUUGAGAGGUGAUAUCAACAUUUGUAUCGUCGGCGACCCGAGUACAAGCAAAAGUCAAUUUUUGAAGUACAUUUGUUCCUUCCUCCCCCGUGCAGUUUACACUUCUGGCAAAGCCUCCUCUGCUGCGGGUCUUACAGCCGCUGUCGUCAAGGAUGAGGAAACUGGCGAAUUCACAAUCGAAGCUGGUGCUCUCAUGCUUGCUGAUAACGGCAUCUGCGCCAUCGAUGAGUUCGACAAGAUGGAUAUCUCGGAUCAAGUUGCCAUCCAUGAAGCCAUGGAACAGCAAACAAUCUCUAUCGCCAAAGCCGGCAUCCAAGCCACACUUAACGCUCGCACAUCAAUUCUUGCUGCCGCAAAUCCUAACGGAGGACGGUAUAACCGUAAAGGAACUUUGAGAUCUAACAUCAACAUGAGCGCCCCCAUUAUGUCCCGUUUCGAUCUUUUCUUCGUUGUUUUGGACGAAUGUAAUGAACAGGUGGAUACGAACCUCGCACGUCAUAUCGUUAGGUUACAUAGAUUGCGAGACGAGCAUAUCACACCUGAGUUUACGACCGAACAGUUACAGCGAUACAUUCGUUAUGCUAGGACCUUUAAGCCUGUCUUUACUAAAGAGGCUGAGGAAGAGCUAGUAAAACGAUACAAAGAAUUAAGAUCAGAUGAUGCGCAAGGUGGAAUCGGAAGAAAUUCUUACAGGAUUACUGUCAGACAAUUGGAGAGUAUGAUUCGAUUGAGCGAAGCUAUCGCGAAAGCGAAUUGUGUGGAGGAAGUUAGCGAAGCUUUCGUGAAGGAGGCCUUUAAUCUACUGAGGCAGAGUAUCAUUCAUGUGGAACAUGAUGAUGUUGAUGUGGAUGAUGACGAUGAAGAGCCACAACCCGAUUCAUCGGCAGUAGAACAAACUGAAAGAGAAGCAACGGCCGCUCCCGAUGCUUCGCAAACCCCAGCAGCCACCCAAGACGACCAUAUGGAAGACACAGCACCUAGAAGGCCAAGGACGAAGAUCACUUACGAGAGGUUCUCCAAGAUUUCUUCAGGAAUCAUACAGAAACUCAAAGAACGAGAAGAAGAGACGGGAGGAGAUGGUAUCGAGCACGAGGAACUUGUUACUUGGUACUUGGAGAGCCAUGAGGAAGAGAUUCCAGAUGAGCAAGCAUUGAUCGAAGAGCGUGAUUUGAUCAAGAAGGUUUUGAAACGAUUAGUGAAGGAGAGUGUUUUGAUGAAGGUUGGACAGAAGGAAGGUCUAUUACCGGAGGAAGGAUCUACCGCGGAAGGAGGAGAGCAAGCAGAGCAGCAAGAAGAUGGAGGAGUCGGAUCUUCGUCCUCUGCUGCACAGCAAGCGGAUAGGGUUGUUUAUGUCCUACAUCCGAAUACAGCUACUGACAUGGAUUAG